UGAUUGCUUAUUGUGGCUCGUCGUUAUCUGAUCGAUUCGUGCGCAUUAUGUUUUAUCAAAUGUAAUUGUAUGUUUGAACAAUGGUCAUUUCAGUUUAAAAAAAAUAGGCCAUGUAAUCUUGUAAACCAAAUAGAUUGCCAUAAUGGGUGCAUUUCACUGCGCCGUAUGCAGACAGACAUUCUUCUGUGGAAAGAAGCACAUCUUCGGGAAGAGCCACCAAAGCCGACUGAAAGUUGUGAUCCUCAAAUUCAUAGAGAAGGCGUAGCCGUGGGGACAUGAUUGAGACGUACAAGAUCCUGACCGGCAAAGUGGACACUCCAACCCAUGUAGGACUAGCUGUACCGCGAAAAACCCGCCGACAUAGCCAGAAACUGGAGAAAAUAUACUGCAGUGCAGACCAGCACAACGAGCCUACAGUUCGCCAACAGAGUUGAAGACUCAUGGAACUCCCUCGCAGAAGAAGUAGUCUCUGCACCCAGCCUGAACGCCUUCAAGGACCGUCUCGACAAGCUCUGGAUGAACCAACUCUAUCUGUGCAGUGAUAAUUAGCAAAGAUAGAUUAAUACCAAAAUCUAUACCCAAGCAAUAGUACUAAUAGUUAAGGUGGGCUAAAAAGGGCAACAUUCCCUACAAGAGCCCGAUAAGCUUCCAGUCAGUUCCACUGAACUCACUGUGAACAAUGGAAAAGAACAUAAAAAGGGCAACAUGCCGCCCUUUAGGAUUCUUCAUCUGUCAGACCAAACUAGGAGAAGGGUCUUUCCAGUCUCGAUGUGUCAGACCAGGCCAGGAGAGCUUUCUCUCCAGUCUUGAUGUGUCAGACCAUGCCAGGAGACUGGGCUCUCCAGUCUAAAUGUGUCAGACCAGGCCAGGAGAUGGGUUCCUCCAGUCUCCUACGGAGUGUCUUGUUGUGGUGAAGGAGGCCAGACGAACGAUUAAGACCCCCCAGGUGGAGAGGUUUGAUGGGACUAAGCAUGGAGGGACCUUCUGGUGUUACUGUUGUGGAAUUGAAAUGGAGAGAAACGUCACCGACGGCAACGUGGUUGUUUUACACGGGGGCUUGUUGGAGCACAUGGCUACACCCGAACACAAGAAGAACACCCAGAGGUUUUGGUGGGAGUACAAGGCCGAUCCUAAACUUAUGGAUAAGGUCCUCAUCACAACCGAUGCCACUGACAGAUUUAAAGCAGAGGUGGAUAAAGCGUUGGCCUCUUAUGUGGAGAAGGAGGAUACAGUCCUUCUACAGCAUACACAUAUGAUCCAGUGCCAGGAGAGGCAUCGCCUGGAGGUUCUUCAGUCCUUUACAGAGCCUGAGGUUGAGCAGGAGCUGUCGAACGGAGGUCCGAGUCAAGGGAUGCCUGUGGAAAAGGCUGCUAGACCUCUGGGAUCAAAGGAGCGCGCCGGGCCCAGCUGGGUUAAAGCGAAGGCUGAUGGGCCGGGACCAGGGAGAGGCCUGACGUUCAUUGGUCAUCAGGAUCCUUCAAACGAUGGAAAUGUUCACACAGGGGCCCUCCCCCCAUGGCUUCAAAGUGAUCCACUAAAGGAGGGUUCAGAAGGAGCAGAGGUCGGCCCAAGCCUCCAAGACUUCCUCAAGCACAAAGAGCAGGAGAAGGUUAAGAAGCUUCCUCCUAACCGAGUGGGAGCUAACUUUGACCACAGCUCCCAGACCAACGCAGACUGGCUGCCGUCGUUUGGCCGCGUGUGGAACAGUGGGAGGCGAUGGCAGUCGAGGAACCAAUUUAGAGAAGAAGAAGGUAAAAAGAAGAGAGAAAAGCAGGGAGAAUCCGGGGACUCGAAGAGAAUGAGGCCCAAUCCAUAACAGCAAAGCUUAUAACCAUUGGCCCGCCUUGAGGACGUUCAUACACUCCACGAUAUGGAUAUGUGUAUAGGUUCUACAGUUUUAAUUAUUUUACAGCAGAACUCCUGCAGACUUAACUUAACUAACUUAAUUUUACUAGUGGAAUAAAACAGUGGAAUAAAACAGUGGAAUAAAGUGAUUGGAAAUCUG